AUGGAAUACAAAUUCCAGCCGAACAAUGUAAGUCAUCCUGGGGAUUUGUAUCAACCGAUACAGUCAAUCCAGGAAGCAGUUAUUAACACUGAUCAAAAUGCUCCCAUUACCGAUCUUAAUACGCUGCAAAUGAACAGUUCUCAAAGUCAAGAUACAAAUACUCCUGCCCAAAAUGACGACUCCGUGUUUUCGCCAAUUAAACCUUCUACAUUUUAUUCCAAUCCUUCACAAAAUGGUCAGUUAUAUUAUCAAGGAACACCGAAAAUGCCAGACAGUUACGGUGCGAGUAACCAGUUCUAUCCUAGUCUAUUUUUCCAAACUUGGCCUUAUCCAAGUGCUACUACCAAUUCAACUGUUGCUGCUACAAUUGCCGGUACUUCACCAUGUUCUUCUAAUACUACUGAAUUAAGCUUCACACAACCUACUACUGUUAUUACGGAUCCUACACAGAUGCUUGUUGCCCAAAACCAAACAACAACCCAGAACUUUUUCCCGCAAACUUAUCAAUCCUAUUCGAUCACAGAUUAUUAUAAUCCAUUGCAAAGCGCAAAUUUACUAGCUGUUCAAAACCGCUUAGCAGCUCCUGUGACAGCUUGCUCAUCAUCUGCUUCUGCUUCGUCUAGGUCAUCAUCGAUUGCUGUUACUGGUGCGCCUCGUACGAAAAGUAGAAAUUUUACAUCAGAAGGACGUGAAUGUGUUAACUGUGGCGCCGUACAAACUCCUCUGUGGCGAAGAGAUGGUACUGGACAUUACUUAUGUAAUGCAUGUGGAUUGUACCACAAAAUGAACGGACAGAAUCGUCCACUAGUCAAACCCAAAAAGAGACAGGUCAAAAUUUUGUUCAUACAUAUACUUAUUUUCAACACUUCAUUGCUAUUUAUGGUACAACUUUAG